AGACGAAAACCCAAACGAGCAGCCACAGUGCGGAACCAGGGAGCAUGUGCUGUUUGUAGCACGAGCCCGGGGUAGGGUCUGCAAACCUCCUUCAUGCAGACCAGGCUCUGCCCCCAGUCCAGGGCGCACAUGGCACCAGGCGAGCCAGCCUGUGCAUCCCCCAGCCCCGGGAGGAAGGGGGCCGAGCGGGCGCGAUAGGAAAGUGUUCCUUCCCCGGACACUUAGGUUACUGGGGAAAGAUUAACAGGCCAGCGGUGUGUGAGCGCUCAGAUUUCUCGCCCGGGGACACAGAGCGAGGAUUGUUUGUGGUGCUGGUAGGAGGCAGUGGCAAAGCGGUGUUGCAAUCGACACAUCUGGCUGAGGGCACGGCGGGGCAGCGGUCAGGGGAGCAGCGGGCCCAGCACCGGCGGAGGAGGCACGGCUGGAGGCCGGGCCGCGGGCAGGGCUGCUCCAGAGCGGCUCUCUCUGAAGUGAGCUCACGCUCACACUUGGACUUUUGGUCCGAGCUGUGCUGAGCCGGCCGCAGCCUGGCGGGGACAUUCGCGGCCGCCAGGGAAGCACAUCGGAGCCCUCCUGCCCGCAGCCACCAUGCCCACGGUGGACGAGGUGCUCGCGCACGUCGGGGAAUUCAACUUCUUCCAGAAGCAAACGUUCCUCCUCCUCGCUCUGCUCUCGGCCUCGUUCCCCCCCAUCUACGUGGGCAUCGUCUUCCUGGGCCUCACCCCUGAGCACCGCUGCCGGAGCCCGGGUGUGGCUCAGCUGAGCCGGCGCUGCGGCUGGAGCCCGGCCGAGGAGCUGAACCUCACGGUGCCCGGCCCGGGGCCCGCGGGCGAGGCCUUCCCCCGCCAGUGCCUCAGCUACGAGGUGGACUGGAACCGGAGCGGCCUGGACUGCGUGGACCCGCUGGCCGGCCUGGCCGCCAACAGGAGCCUCCUGCCGCUGGGCCCCUGCGGGCACGGCUGGGUGUACGACACGCCCGGCUCCUCCAUCGUGACCGAGUUUAACCUGGUGUGUGCCAACUCCUGGAUGCUGGACCUCGUUCAGGCAGCCGUGAACGUGGGAUUCUUCGUCGGUUCCAUGGGGAUCGGCUACAUAGCAGACAGGUUCGGCCGCAAGCUCUGCCUCUUGCUCACCAUCCUCAUCAACGCUACGUCGGGAGUUCUCAUGGCCGUUGCCCCGACCUACCCCUGGGUGCUACUGUUCCGCCUGGUCCAAGGGCUGGUCAGCAAGGCCGGCUGGGUGAUCGGCUACAUCCUGAUGACGGAGUUCGUGGGGCUGAGCUACCGCAGGACCGUGGGGAUUGCUUACCAAGUCGCCUUCACCGUGGGGCUCCUGGUGCUCGCGGGGGCGGCCUACGUGCUGCCCCACUGGCGGUGGCUGCAGUUCGCGGUGACCCUGCCCAACUUCUGCUUCCUGCUCUAUUACUGGUGCGUGCCCGAGUCGCCGAGGUGGCUGCUCUCCCAGAACAGACACGCCGAGGCCAUGCAGGUGAUGAGGCACAUCUCCAGGAAGAACGGCAAGGCCACGCCCGCGGCGCUCCAGUGCCUCAGACCCGAUGAGGAAGUCGGCGAGAAGCUGAACCCUUCGUUCCUGGACCUGGUCCGAACCCCGCAGAUAAGGAAGCACACCUUGAUCCUGAUGUACAACUGGUUCACCGGCUCUGUCCUCUAUCAGGGCCUCAUCAUGCACAUGGGCCUCGCGGGGAGCAACGUCUACCUGGACUUCUUCUACUCCGCCCUGGUGGAGUUCCCAGCCGCCCUCCUCAUCGUCAUCACCAUUGACCGCAUUGGCCGCCGCUACCCCUGGGCUGGAUCCAACAUGGUGGCGGGGGCGGCCUGUCUGGCCUCGGUUUUUAUCCCUGAAGACCUGCAGUGGCUGAGAGUCACAGUCGCCUGCUUGGGCCGCAUGGGGAUCACAAUGGCCUACGAAAUGGUUUGUCUGGUCAACGCGGAGCUGUACCCCACGUUCAUCAGGAACCUCGGGGUCCUCGUCUGCUCCUCCAUGUGCGACAUUGGCGGCAUCCUCACGCCCUUCCUGGUGUACCGGCUCACCGGCAUCUGGCAGGAGCUCCCCCUGGUGAUUUUCGCGGCGGUUGGCUUGGUCGCCGGAGGGCUGGUGCUGCUGCUGCCAGAGACCAGAGGGCAGACUCUGCCGGAGACGAUUGAGGAGGUUGAGAACCUGCGGAGACCAAGAAGAAACAAAGAAAAGAAGAUUUACCUCCCAGUCAAGAAACAAGACAUCCCACUAAACUGAGAGAGACCCGCGAUGGACUUGCUUUGACAACACCAGGCUGGAAUCAGAGAGUCCUGCUCUCAUCCCAAAGCCCAGACACCUCAGCCUUCCUUCUCUUUGAACCCCAUUAACCCAGACCUACGGCCCAGGGGAGCUGUUGCACUAUGGUAUCACAGUCCGCCUGUGGGACCAGAUCCUGCAACCCCCCAGCUCACUCCUCCCCAGUCGACCUUCAUUCACAGCCUCAUGCCAUGGAAUGACUAUUAAAAGCUGGGUCAC